AUUUGUUGUUCCCAUUUAUUUAUGCAUUCACUGGUCGAUGCUUGUAUGUGCCCUGACUGGGAUCAAACCCCUUUUUAAAAGUAAAUUUUACCCACUUUACACUGUGCUCAUUUAUAAUCAUAUUAGUCAUAAAAUUGUCAUACAUGAUUGCUUUUUGUGAAAGAAGACAUUUGGGGGGAAUUGGUUAGCCAAAGGGUCUUGCUUUAAGUUUUUAUUGUGAAACCUCUAACUUUUCUCAAAUGUAGCAAUGUAGAUAAAGUUAAAUGUAAAAACACUAUCCUCCCCAACACACACACAUGCACACGUUCAAAUGACAAACUAGAAGGUAAGUUCUGUGAAGAGCAGGGUUUUUUGUUUUCUUUCUCUUUGGCUUUGCUUAUUUGUGUUUCUAGUACCUCUCAGAGCAGAUAUUCAGCAACUGUUUAGCAAUAGAAUGGAUCAAAUCUUGUUACCCAUAGCUCUUUUAUAUGAGUCCUUAUAUUUUCCUCCACAUACAUCUUCUCCACAGACACAUUUACAAUGUUUUUUUUUUAAUUGAAAACAAAUAUAGGCAUGUAGUAAAUGAAAACCAUACAAAAAGGAAUAUGAUUAACUUCCCUCCAAUCCAGGUGUCUAAGCCUUCUGCCCUACAGCAUGUUGUUGGGGUAUUUGUGUGCCCUUGCAGAAAUACAUUUUGCUUGUUCAGGCAUGUAUGUAUGUAUGUAUGUUUUUCAGCUCAGAAAUCUUCCCCACACAGUUCUUAGAUCUAGCACACAGCAGCAUGCAGAAUUGGACUCAUCCUAGUUGGGAUAGUAUGGCUAUUUCUAGGAGAGUAAUUUUUAAGAUGGCACCAAAAGGAAUAGUAUAUUUAGAUUGACCCAGUGGAUCUAAACUGGGGGCAAUUUAGCCCAGUUGACAGUGUCCACAGACAUUAUUGGUUUUCACAAUGGGGGAAGGGGUGCCAGUGGCAUCUCAUAGAUAGAAGCCAGAUGCUGCUAAAUACCCCGCAUUGCACAGGACAGAACCCCAUAACAAAAAGUUAUACCUGGUCCAAAAUGUCAAUAGUGGUGAGGCUGAGAAAACCCUGCAUUAACCCAAAGAGUUAAGUGGGGGAGGGAGACUAAAACUAGGUUAUUUUUCACUAGAUUGAUUUUGAGUGCUUGGUGAAUUUCAUCUAUUCCAUAAGAAAUUGCCUUUUCAUAUGUAAUUCCACAAGGACCUUAAGAACAAAGAUAAUAUUUGUAGUUUUUUUAAUUGAGGGUUUUAGGGAAGCAUUUUGAAACUUAAAGUUUAAAUUUACUUUGUUAAUAAAUGCUGCCUUUCUGUGAAAUACUGUUUUUUAGCUUCUUGUUUUGAGUUUGUUAUGAGUUUGACACCAUAUUAAUAAAUAUGUUUUUCUAAUUUGCCUUCUGGUUUUGUUUAUGUUAUAAUUUUGUUAAGUUUGUUAAAUCUACUAGGCUUUACUUUUGCUUUUCAUUAUCUUCAUGCUUACUUGGAUAUAAGUCUCACCCUAUGUUUAUUUACUGAUAUGGGCACAGUUCUUGGGGGUUUUUGUUUGUUUGUUUGUCUUUAUUGGGUUUACUUUGGCAUGUGGUUCCUAAACAUUUAUUUGAAGUUGAUAUACUCUUUAAUUCAGAUAAGGCAGGUAAUCAUAAACAAAAUACUUUGUCUAAAUUCACACACCAACAGUGACGAAAGCAAAAAUCACAGGCAGAUCUGUGCUACAUAGCUCAUGCAGUUGUCACUAUGUAUACCUCAAGUAUCUUUUUCUGAAAAGCUCUUCAUAUCUCUGAAAUUUCUCAAUGAAAGCAGUAUGUGUAAAACUUUUGUGUUGUGCCACUCGUGGUUUAUCAUCUACCUGCAUCAGAAUUAUCAGGGUAGUCAUUAAAAAUAUACUUUACUGGACUGUGCUGUAGACCUGUGUUAUCAGAAUAUUUGUGGUAUCUGGGAUUCUUGACCUUAGCAAGCUUCCCAGGUGAUACUGUAAUGGCCUCUCAAUUUGAAGACCGUUGGUCUAAAUUUUGCUUUGUUCCCCUGUAUGUCUGAUUAUCCAUUGUUAAUGUUGUGAAAUCUGAGUGGUGGUUUUCAUUAAACCCCCUCCUACUUCUGCCUUUUAAUUAAUAAAACAGUCUAAGGAUAAUCUUAAAUUCAGAAAUUCAUUAAUACUAUUGGGAAAUACGCAGUGCUAUCCAGUAGAACUUUCUGCAAUAAUGAAAGAAUUUUGUAUCUUUGCUGUUCAAAUCAGUAGAUACUAACCAAAAAUAGAUCCCUAGAUUAUAAAUUUGAGAUUAUUAGACUACUAAAUUCUUUAAUUAAAUUAAAUUGCACCAAUGAAAAUUUAAGGUCCCAUUAUGUAAACAGGCACUUUACUUACCUCAACUAAAGUAUUAUCCUCCUGAGAAAACAGAUGUGUUUACUAAGUGACUUGUCCAAAUCUAAGCAGCCAUUGUAUGAUUGGCAUUUGAACUCAGAUCUGUUGCCUAAUCCCUAGUUCUCUCACUUUUGUCCUACCCUAAUAUGUGUAAGAAAUAGGGUGCACUAACAGUUGAUGCCAGUGAUUUCUGAGGGAAUGAGUGGACAAAUAAAUGAAAAUACUCUUAGGUUUUGGUUUGCUUACUCAUUGGAACAAAGUUCUUUGAAAAUUAGGCCCCUAAUUCAUUCCUCUUUCUGCCAUAUCACUUCCUGUCUUAGCAUUUAUGGAUUGUACAUCCUGCCUGUUGCCCCUUUUUUCCCUAUAUGGUGCUUUCUGUUUUUCAUGUGAUGGUGGUUUGUCAGAUUUUAUGAUUCAGCCAAAAUUACAACUCUUCUUAAAGCAUUUCCCAGAUUCUAACUCCACUCUUUGACUUCUACCUAUUUAUCUCUAAUCUUAUCCUUUGAGUCCUAUUCACACCCUAUUCCAUUUAUUUGGUGUCCUUUAUUUAGUGCUGAGGCAAAACCAUGCAUAUGUGAGGUGAAGUGCUUAUUAUUACUGCUGUUAUUGUUAUAAAAUGUAACACAAGCAUAUAAAACCACCAGAUGUAUAGGUUAGUGAAGUAUAAGGCAAACAACCUUGUAAAUCCCACUAAAUUCAAGAAACUAACUACCCCAGAAGUGCUUCUAUGUGCCCCAUUUUGUUGUCAACCCCCUCCCUCCACAGAGUAACCAGUAUCCUUUUGUUACAGUAGUCACUUUUUUCAGUUCAUUUAUAGUUUUACUACCCAAUUCUGAGUUCCUAAAUACCAAAGUUUAGUUUUGCCUGUUAUUAAAAAUUUGAUAGGCCUUUUAAGUGCUUUCAAUAUACAGGUUUUUUCUUUCUAUCCCUAAAUUUUAUCUGUUGAAAGACCUACGGCAUUAGACCUGAAGCGUUUCCAGCUAUCUGGAAUUUAUUCUUUGUAUACUCACAAUGCAGCUUAUCAUGUUCCUUUGUUCUUAUAUCCCUGCAAAUUGCCAGUUGGAUCCUGAAACUUGAUCCCAUUCCUAUUAGAUCCCUUUGGCAAAACUACAGGUGGUGUUAUGUUCUUUCAUCAUGAGCUACCUAAUACCUGGUUGUCUCUCGUUUUGUGGUGUUACCAGCUGUUGAUAUUCAAUGCCUUGAUUCUUUUAUUUAUUGUAAUACUCUAAUUAUGUCAUUUCUUAAUCAUUUAUAAGUUAGAGUUUUUUUAAUAAUGGAGUGCUGUUGUUCAUAUACUAUUUGGACACCCAGUGGUACAGUGUAUUUUGAAAAGGAAGAAUAAAUACUUGUUUUCUUGCCCCACAUUUACUACCUUUGUGAGGAAUAAUUCACAUACCAUAUAUUUCAUUAAAAAUGUACAGUUACCUAUUAAAACAGUUGAAUGUUUGUUUUAGUAUACUCACAGAGCUGUGCAUCAGUUUUAGAAAUUUUCAUUACCCAAAGAAGAAACCCCACGCCUUUUGUCCCUCUCUCCCAAUCUUUCCUCCAACUUAUUCUGGACAUUUCUUAUAAGUGGAAUAAUACAAUAUAUUGUCCUUUGUGACUGGCCUCUUUUACUUAGGCAAACCUUGAAAAUGUGCACUGUCUUAUAGCAGGUAUCAGUACUUAAUUUAUUUUUCUUGAUGAACUACCAUUAUACCAUAUUUUUAUAUACAUUAAUCAGUUGAUGAACAUUUGGAUUGUUUCUACUUUUUGGUUAUCAAUAUUGCUAUUAUGAACAUUUACGUAUGUGUGGACAUAUGUUUUCAUUUCUCUUGGAGAGGAAUUGCUGGACCACAUGGUAACUCUGUACCCCAAUAAUCUUGAGUAGCUUCAUUAUAGCAGGAUGUUCCAGGCUCACCUUGUACAUUUUCUGCUCCACAGCUGGAAUGGUCAUUUCUUUAAGACACUUGCUUUCUUUUAGUAGCAAAUAGUAUUUCAAGAUUCCAACUUGGACACUAGGGUUAUUUGUUACUAUAUUGGUCUUCUUUCUGGACAUCCUUAAUGACUAGUGAAGAAAUACAUAGUUCAUCAAGUAUAUGUUCACUAUGCGCAUCGAUAUAUUAAAUAUUUAUUAUUUGUUUAUACACUAAAUAAUGAGAUAUUCAUUAAUUGGGCUUAUAUAUUUUAAGUAAAUAAUUAAAGUAACCUCAGGAAUUCAUUCUGAUUCAAGUCAGCAUUUUUAGUUAGCCUCUUGUAUUACAUCUCCAUGACCUUUCUUUCACGCCAAAAAUCUUAGCUGUCUCAGAAUAACAGUACUAUCACCACCAGUGUGUUUACUGAAGAAUAGUUAAGUGUUUUUGCUUUGCCCUUCUUUUUCACCCCUGAUUUUUACAUGCAGAAUAAUGAAACUAGACUACCUUCUUCCACCACACACAAGGAAAGAUUCAAAAUGGAUUAAAUACUCUGUUGUUACUUGCUUCUGUGCAAGAUUAGUUUUCCUGAACUUUUAGGUAGCUAUGCUUCUGCCUUCACUGAGCUUUCUUUUCUGUUAUUUUGUGUAACAUUCAGAAAUGUAGCAGCUUGCUUCCUGAGGUUUCCUGUGUUUCCCUCCCUCAGUUUUUUCUUUGCCUUGUCUCUAUCCUGACAAUUUUGCUUAUAUUCCCAGAUGUUUCUCUUCAACAUGGAGUCCUGGAAGAGAGCCUUGGGAGAUGAAUUUCAGAAGUUCAUAGAAGUUAGCUUCAACACUUUAAGCCUUAUCUAGGCCUCUUGGAUUCACCCACUUACUGCACUUGACAAAUUUCCUUCCAGGUUUAGCUAUUAUACUCAGUUGGCCCACCACUAUUUCCAGUGAAUAUCUGUUGGCUAUUCUGAGGUUAUUCUAUAAUCACAUGCCCUGUUACUUGCCUUUGCUUCUUGUUGGAUAGAUGCUGAUACUGUGUAGGUAUUGUGGUUAUACAGUAGCCUGUUUUGUCCUUACCCAUUUGUAUUUCAGAUUUCCCAAGAAUGCCUCUUCAAGUGAUUUGGUUGUGAAUAUCCAUGGGGUUUUGGUUUUGCUAUUUUGUUACUCUGGUUUUCUGUGGGGAUUUGGGUAUCACCUGCCACUAUCUUCUCAGAAUUCCUCAGAUAAUAGCACCUACUGCAUUAUUUUUGGCUGCAAAAGUGGAAGAACAGGCUCGAAAACUUGAACAUGUUAUCAAAGUAGCACAUGCUUGUCUUCAUCCUCUAGAGCCACUGCUGGAUACUAAGUGUGAUGCUUAUCUUCAGCAAACUCAAGAACUGGUUUUACUUGAAACCAUAAUGCUACAAACCCUAGGUUUUGAGAUCACCAUUGAGCACCCACACACAGAUGUGGUGAAAUGUACCCAGUUAGUAAGAGCAAGCAAGGAUUUGGCACAGACAUCCUAUUUCAUGGCUACCAACAGUCUACAUCUUACCACCUUCUGUCUUCAGUACAAACCAACAGUGAUAGCCUGUGUGUGCAUUCAUUUGGCUUGCAAAUGGUCCAAUUGGGAGAUUCCUGUGUCAACUGAUGGAAAACAUUGGUGGGAAUAUGUGGAUCCUACAGUUACUUUAGAGUUAUUAGAUGAGCUAACACAUGAGUUUCUACAGAUAUUGGAGAAAACGCCUAGUAGGUUGAAGAGGAUUCGAAACUGGAGGGCUAAUCAGGCGGCUAGGAAACCAAAAGUAGAUGGACAAGUAUCAGAAACGCCACUCCUUGGUUCAUCUUUGGUCCAGAAUUCUCUUUUAGUAGAUACUGUUAGUGGUGUGCCUGCAAACCCAAGUUUUCAGAAACCAUCUACAUCAGCAUUCCCCGCACCAGUACCUCUGAAUUCAGGAAAUAUUUCUGUUCAAGACAGCCAUACAUCUGAUAAUUUGUCAGUGCUAGCAACAGGAAUGCCAAGUACCUCAUACGGUUUGUCAUCACACCAAGAAUGGCCUCAACAUCAAGAAUCAGCGAGGACAGAACAGAUAUAUUCACAGAAACAGGAGACGUCUUUGUCUGGCAGCCAGUACAACAUCAGCUUCCAGCAGGGAUCUUCUAUAUCACUGCAUUCAGGAUUACAUCACAGACCUGACAAAAUCUCGGAUCAUUCGUCUGUUAAGCAAGAAUAUACACAUAAAGCGGGGAGCAGUAAGCACCAUGGACCAAUUUCUGCUACUCCUGGAGUUAUUCCUCAGAAAAUGUCUUUAGAUAAAUACAGAGAAAAACGCAAGCUAGAAACCCUUGAUCUGGAUGUCAGGGAUCAUUAUAUAGCUGCCCAGGUAGAACAGCAACACAAACAUGUGCAGUCACAGGCAACCAGCAGCAGUUCGGUAACUUCUCCCAUUAAAAUGAAAAUUCCCAUCACAAAUGCAGAAAAACCUGAAAAAUACAUGGCAGAUAAGAAGGAAAAAAGUGGAUCUCUGAAAUUACGGAUUCCAUUACCACCCACUGAUAAAAGUGCCAGUAAAGAAGAACUGAAAAUGAAAAUAAAAGUUUCUUCCUCAGAAAGACACAGCUCCUCCGACGAAAGCAGUGGGAAGAGCAAGCAUUCCAGUCCACAUAUUAGUAGAGACCACAAAGAGAAGCACAAGGAACACCCCUCAAACCGGCACCACCCCAGCAGUCACAAGCAUUCCCACUCACAUAGUGGCAGCAGCAGUGGUGGCAGUAAACACAGUGCUGAUGGAAUACCACCCACUGUUCUGAGGAGUCCUGUUGGCCUGAGCAGUGAUGGCAUUUCCUCUAGUUCCAGCUCUUCAAGGAAGAGGCUGCAUAUCAAUGAUGCAUCCCACAACCAUCACUCCAAAAUGAUCAAAGGUUCCAAAAGUUCAGGUAGUUCAUCUAGUUCUUCCUCCUCUGUUAAGCAGUAUAUAUCCUCUCACAACUCUGUUUUUAACCAUCCCUUACCCCCUCCUCCCCCUGUCACAUACCAGGUGGGCUACGGACAUCUCAGCACCCUCGUGAAACUGGACAAGAAGCCAGUGGAGACCAACGGUCCUGAUGUCAAUCACGAGUACAGUACACACAGCCAGCAUAUGGACUACAAAGACACAUACGACAUGCUGGACUCGCUGUUAAGUGCCCAAGGAAUGAACAUGUAAUCAUUUGUUUAGGUCAAUUUUUCCUUUCCUUUUUUAAUUUAAAAAUUGUUAGAAUGGAAUCCUUCUGAUAUAGCAGUGGUAACACCACAAUUGCUGCCACUGUUUCAAUAUUUGUAAGUGCUGCUUUAUUCUUCAUUCUGAAAAGAAGAGAUUAUAGUAAACAAGUCUUUAUCUCCACAUAUGAUAGUGUUAUAAAUACUGUAAAAGCAUGGAAGGUGCAGAACUCAGUAUUUCUACAAUUGCAGCUAAGAACAUUUAAAAUGAAUGGCUGGCUGCUUCUAGGAAUAUAAGAUGCCUCAAGCAUUUGUUAUUUAUAAUUUGAUUACUGUAGCUAUAUUUUUGUUGUUGUUGCUUGGCUUUUGAAUGAGUGUAAAUUGUUUUCUUUUGUGUAUUUAUACUUGUAUGUAUGACUUGCAUGUUUCAAUAUUAAAGGGAUAAAACAGUAUACUGAAAACUGUUUACAAGAAAGUGGAGACAAAUGUACAUACAUUUUUGUAUGUUUAGAUAUUACCAUAAAUACUCAGGAUUGGAGCUGCUUGUAAGUAUAACAAUAUACAGAAUAACUUUAUUUUAUCUUGUCAGAGUCCAUCGCUAAUCUAAAACAAAGGUGGCACUUUUUCAUGUUAUAACCUUAAACUCUAGGCCUUACUGGAAGCCUCUGAAGGGGGACACUUCACUACCAUAUGGCUGUGCGGUGCCACAGAUGGUCAUUUACACUGUGAGGCACUGAACUUUUGCCUUCAGAGGUUUUGACCAGAUUGGCUGCUGAAAUAGCCCCUAAUUUUCUGAAGGCUUGAAGAGGAAAAAAUAAAGUUUACAUACUCUUGAUGUGAAGUGCAGUUAAAUGUUUGUUGGUUUGUUAUAGUACUAUAACACAGAGCUGUUAAUAAUGGUAAUGCAGAUUACUGUGAUUUGAAAACUAAAUUCACAAAACGUACAUAGUGAAAAAUUAGUAAGUUUUUUUUUAAAUAAAGAACUUUAACACUACGUAAUUUAAUAGUAAACAAGAAUCGUGUUUCCUUUAGCAAUCAGGAUGACACCAUAUUCUUAAACAUACUCCUCCCCUGAAGUGUAUUUGUGUGUGAUGCCAUAUUUCUUUUUCAGGUAAAUGCAGUCUUCCUUAUAAAAAUAAAAUUAAACCUAUUGCUCUCGGUUCUUUUAUAUUUUAAUAAUAAAUUUUAAAAAGAUCACUGACUGUGCAUUGUACCUGUAUUUAUAGCUUAUCAGGAACCUCUGAGAAAAAAAUUUAAAAUAAGGUCAGCCUCCAGGUAAACAGCUGGUGGAGGUUUUACCUUUGUUUGCACAUCUCAGUAUAUUCCUGUUGAGGUCAAAUUGGCACAGUCAUCUGACUUCUGAAUAAAUGACAGACAUUAACUUGUUUAAAAUUUGUCUUAAACACCAGUAAUAGGCUUUGGUUUAUCAGCGAGUCUUGUAUUCUGUGGUAAAUUUUUGAGUUGUUGAAUAUCUUUGAGAUGGGUUGAAUUCAACUUCUGUUGAACUGAAAUCUGUCUUAACUUCUCCUCUAUGUAUAUGAAUUAUUAAUGUUAAAAAAACAGCCACUGAUAUGUGCACAAUUGUAAUUUUACUCGAGUAUGUUGCAGUUGUAAAUAUUAAGAGUUUAAUCUUGUGCUCUACUUUUAUUUAGAAAUUACCUACUUUGCAAGUAGCUUUAUAAUUUUUUAAAGAUACUUGUUCAUUAUUUUGUCAAUGUUAUUUGAAUUUAAGAUAAUAGGAGCCUCUUUCUAAGGACUUUGCCUAGCUAGCAUGUCCUAACAUUUGUUCUUGUCUUGCAUAACUUUAGUAAUCUUUGUCAUUAUGUGUAACUUUAUUGUUCUGUACGGCAUAUUAUUGUAUCCACAAACCUGAUAAUUUCGAUACAGUUAUACUUUGACAGUGGUACAUAAUCCAAGAACUAGUAUAGGUAGAAUUAAGCUGAGGGCAAAAUGAGGGAGGGAAGGGUUUUGUUCUUGGUAAUUUAGAUGUGAAACCUCUAAGGAGCUAUCAUGUGAAACUACAUAGGGUGGUUGUGCUACUGUAUACUUAGGGAUGAUAAUACCAGGAAUUUUAAUAAGAUUUUGUAAAGAAUAUCCAGAAAAUUAGUGAACUUAUUUUCAGUAUGACAGAAAAAAUGUGAAUAUUUAAGGUGUGUGACUGACUAUACUUAAACUUUCACAAAGAAUUUGCAGAAUUGUUUUGAGAUGUGGGAAUAAAGGUAAUUUUGUUGAAUCUUUAUUGGUGCUAAUGAUGGACAGUUAAAAAGGUAGCUAGUGUAUAUUGUUAUGGGUCAGUACUUAUUAGUACUUCCAAAAUUGAAUUUGAAAUGCUAUGUAUACACUUUUCAUUCUGUAAAUGUAAAUCUUUACAAUGACUUUAUUUAUUAAAGGGCAGCCAGUUGUAAUUUUUA